CCGGGCGCAGGCGGGAGCCGGGCGCCAGCGAGCACCCGGCCGAGGAGCAGCCACCGGCCCCCGCCUCCGGGCCGGCCCGAGCGCGCCCGGCCGGCGGCCCGCUCCCCAGACCGCGCCUCCCCCGCCCCCUGCGCUUCCCCCCGCCCUUUAAUACUUGCCCGCCGCCGCCGCCGCCGAGUCCGCGGACAUGUCCUUCCCGCAGCUGGGCUACCCGCAGUACCUGAGCGCCGCGGGGCCCGGCGCCUACGGCGGCGAGCGCCCGGGGGUGCUGGCCGCGGCUGCCGCGGCCGCCGCCGCCGCCUCGUCGGGCCGGCCCGGGGCGGCGGAGCUGGGCGCGGGCGCGGGCGCGGCCGCCGUCACCUCGGUGCUGGGCAUGUACGCGGCGGCCGGCCCGUACGCGGGCGCGCCCAACUACAGCGCCUUCCUGCCCUACGCCGCCGACCUCAGCCUCUUCUCGCAGAUGGGUUCACAGUAUGAGCUCAAGGACAACCCCGGGGUGCACCCCGCCACCUUCGCCGCCCACACGGCGCCGGCCUAUUACCCCUACGGGCAGUUCCAGUACGGGGACCCCGGGCGGCCCAAGAACGCCACGCGCGAGAGCACCAGCACGCUGAAGGCCUGGCUCAACGAGCACCGCAAGAACCCCUACCCCACCAAGGGCGAGAAGAUCAUGCUGGCCAUCAUCACCAAGAUGACCCUCACGCAGGUCUCCACCUGGUUCGCCAACGCGCGCCGGCGCCUCAAGAAGGAGAACAAGGUGACGUGGGGCGCGCGCAGCAAGGACCAGGAGGACGGCGCUCUCUUCGGAAGCGAUACCGAGGGGGACCCUGAGAAGGCCGAGGACGACGAGGAGAUCGACCUGGAGAGCAUCGACAUCGACAAGAUCGACGAGCACGACGGCGACCAGAGCAACGAGGAUGACGAGGACAAAGCCGAGGCGCCGCGCGCGCCCGCCGCGCCCGCCGCCCUCGCCCGGGACCAGGGCUCGCCGCUGGCGGCCGCCGACUCGUUCAAGCCCCAAGACUCCCCCCUGGGCCUGGCCAAGGAGGUCCCGGAGCCCGGCAGCACGCGCCUGCUGAGUCCGGGCGCCGCGGCGGGUGGCCUGCAGGGCGCGCCGCACAGCAAGCCCAAGAUCUGGUCGCUGGCCGAGACGGCCACCAGCCCCGACGGCGCGCCCAAGGCCUCGCCGCCUCCCGCCGGCCACGCAGGCGCGCACGGGCCCCCCGCGGGCGCGCCGCUGCAACACCCGGCCUUCCUGCCCAGCCACGGACUGUACACCUGCCACAUCGGCAAGUUCUCCAACUGGACCAACGGCGCGUUCCUCACGCAGGGCUCGCUGCUCAACGUGCGCUCCUUCCUGGGCGUUGGCGCGCCCCACGGCCCGCACCUGUCCGCGCCGCCGCCGCCGCCGCCGCCGCCCGUCCCCGUGGCCGCGGGGGUGCUCCACGGCGACAAGGCCUCGUCCCGCAGCAGCCCCCCCUCGCUCCCAGAGAGAGACCUCAUCCCCAGGCCGGACUCGCCGGCACAGCAGUUAAAGUCGCCCUUCCAGCCCGUGCGCGACAACUCGCUGGCCCCGCAGGAGGGGACGCCGAGGAUCCUAGCAGCCCUCCCAUCAGCCUGAUCCAGGGUCUUCUUUUGCUUUUGCG